AGCUUGGUGGCGGCCCUUCUUUCUCUCGGCCUCACUGCCCGCCGUCCCAGCUCCAGGCACCAUGUUCCCGGCGUGGUCCCCCAGCCACACCUUCCUCUGGCCCCCACUGCUGCAGAUGCUGCUGCUGCUUUUGCACGCCGUGGGGAGGGGGCUGGGCCGCGCCAGCCCGGCCGGGGGCCCCCUGGAAGACGUGGUCAUCGAGAGGUACCACAUCCCCAGGGCCUGCCCCAGGGAGGUGCAGAUGGGGGAUUUUGUGCGCUACCACUACAACGGCACUUUCCAGGAUGGCAAGAAGUUUGAUUCGAGUUAUGACCGCAGCACUCUGGUGGCCAUCGUGGUGGGUGUGGGGCGUCUCAUCACUGGCAUGGACCGAGGCCUCAUGGGCAUGUGCGUCAACGAGCGGCGGCGCCUCAUCGUGCCUCCCCACCUGGCCUACGGCAGCAUCGGCGUCGCGGGGCUCAUUCCCCCGGACGCCACGCUCUACUUUGACGUGGUCCUGCUGGACGUGUGGAACAAGGCGGACACUGUGCAGGUGAGCACCCUGCUGCGCCCGCCCCUCUGCCCCCGCACGGUCCAGGACGGUGACUUCGUCCGCUACCACUACAACGGCACCCUGCUGGCCGGCACCACCUUUGACACUAGCUACAGCAAAGGCGGCACGUACGACACGUACGUGGGCUCCGGCUGGCUGAUCAAGGGCAUGGACCAGGGGCUGCUGGGCAUGUGUCCUGGAGAGAGAAGGAAGAUCACCAUCCCUCCAUUCCUGGCCUAUGGCGAGAAAGGCUAUGGGACUGUGAUCCCCCCGCAGGCCUCCCUGGUCUUCCAUGUCCUACUAAUCGACGUCCACAACCCGAAGGACACCGUCCAGCUGGAGACCCUGGACUUACCACCCGGCUGUGUCCGCAGAGCCGUGGCCGGCGACUUCAUGCGUUACCACUACAACGGCUCGCUGAUGGACGGCACCCUCUUUGAUUCCAGCUACUCCCGAAACCACACGUACAAUACCUACGUGGGGCAGGGCUACAUCAUCCCGGGGAUGGACCAGGGGCUGCAGGGCGCCUGCAUGGGGGAGCGCCGGAGGAUCACCGUCCCCCCGCACCUGGCCUACGGGGAGAAUGGGACUGGAGACAAGAUCCCUGGCUCAGCUGUGCUGAUCUUUGAUGUCCACGUCAUCGACUUCCACAACCCUGCAGAUCCAGUGGAAAUCAAGACACUGUCGAGGGCCCCAGAGGCCUGCAACGAGACCUCCAAAAUUGGGGACUUCGUUCGCUACCACUACAACUGCUCUCUGCUAGAUGGCACCAGGCUCUUCUCCUCGCAUGACUAUGAGGCCCCGCAGGAGGCCACUCUUGGGGCCAAGAAGGUGAUCGAGGGCCUGGACACAGGCCUGCAGGGCAUGUGUGUGGGAGAGAGGCGGCAGCUUGUGGUCCCCCCGCACCUGGCACACGGGGAGAGCGGAGCCCGGGGCGUCCCUGGCAGCGCUGUGCUGCUGUUUGAGGUGGAGCUGGUGUCCCGGGAGGAGGGGCUGCCCGAGGGCUACCUGUUUGUGUGGCAUGAUGACCCUCCCGCCAACCUGUUCGAAGACCUGGACGUCAACAAAGAUGGCGAGGUCCCCCCAGAGGAGUUCUCCACCUUCAUCAAGGCUCAAGUCAGUGAGGGCAAAGGACGCCUCUUGCCGGGGCAGGACUCGGAGAAAACCAUAGGCGACAUGUUCCAGAACCAGGACCGCAACCAGGACGGCAAGAUCACCGCCGAGGAGCUCAAGCUGAAGUCGGAUGAGGACCAGGAGCUGGUUCAUGAGGAGCUCUGAGGAUGGAGCUGGGGCCCCGGGCCGGGCAGCAGCGCCCACUUCUGGGGGACAGUGGGCGGGGGGACUUGCAGCGGGCACCCGCCCCUCUUCUGGGAUGAGGUCUGAGAGCGUCCGCAGAGCGGUCAGAGGUGACCACCCUGGCCUCCCUACCAGCCCGGAGAGACGUCCACCGCACAGACCUCUCCUUGGUUUUCCUGGUCCGACCCACACCGCUUCCUUCACGAGUUUUGGAGUCACAGGGCCAACCUGGGGACCGGUGGAGGUUGGGGUUGGACCAGGCCAUUGCCGGCCCCUCCCCCACAAUGCCACGGCACCACCGGGUUGGUCCCAGCUCAUCAUUUAUUUCCCCAAACUUCCUUCUCUUUGUCCUUCUCCUCACCAUCCCCAGUCCUGCCCCCUCUCUGUCACGGCAGCUCCCAGAAGCAUGAACAGGGCAGGCAGAACCCCCACCCUCCCCCCACAGCUCUGGCUGGUGCCACGGAGGGUUGGCACCAGGAGAGCAGCCCUAACACUGUACGGUCCCCACCCACCUGGCCCAUUCCCCCUCGAGGCUGGGGUGCCCCCAGGAGCUGCAGGUCCCGGCUGGCCUGCGUGUGACCUUUCAUCCCUAAGGAAGGCUGCCUUCGCUAAGGGACUGAGGAAGAGGAGGAAAAUUAAAAAAUGGUGGUGAGGAAACCCAUGCAGCUGGAUCCCGGGGCUAUAAAAUGAAGUUCUUGGUUUGGAGCCGAGUCCGGAGGGUGCACCAGGGACUGCCGGGUGCUGGGGGUGGGCGGGCAGUGUGCACUCCCAAAAGGCUGAACUGGUGCUGGAUCUCCUUCUCCUUUGUGACAAAUAAAAGACUAAACCAGAGG